GCCUGAGAUGUGCGUCACUGCUGAGCCAUUCGCAGUGCACGCCGCUGCCCUUCCUUCCGUGCCGUCAACCUCCCUGCUUGACUACUUCUUCCACUCUUUGCACAACCAUUAAUCUUGGUAUACAUCACAAGCUUGAGCCUGAGUACAAUUCUGAUUACCAUCGUGACUCAGCAGCAAGAGACGACUGCUCUAUUCGAGCCACCUGAAGCCGGCACGCCGUUCCCGGGGCCUGAGAGGGGUUCAUCCCAGCUUGACCUGGCUAUCACUAUCACGAGAAGAUAGUCCUGUGUACACAGAACCGACUGGCCUCUUUCGCACAUCCACCGAGCCCAGAAUGUCGUCCCAGAAGCGGAUAAACAAGGAGCUGGCAGAGUGCACAGAGUCCCCUCCCGACGGGGUGACCGUCGCCCUCGCCAACGACACCGACGUCCACCAGUGGACCGCGACGCUCGCGGGGCCGCCCGGGUCCGCCUACGAGGGCGGCACCUUCACGCUCAAGAUUGUCCUGCCGCGGGAGUACCCCUUCAAGGCGCCGCAGGUCAGCUUCCAGACGCGCAUCUACCACCCAAACGUCACCAACGACGAGCUGGGCAGCAUCUGCCUCUCCGUGCUCAAGUCGGAGAACUGGAAGCCGGCGUCCAGGAUCAAGGGCGUGCUCGAGAGCGUCAGGCAGCUGCUCGUCGAGCCCAACCCGGACGACCCCCUCGAGGCGAGGAUUGCGGACGAGUACCGCUCGCAGAGGGAUGAGUUUGUCAAGAACGCGCGGCAGUAUGUUGAGAGGUACGCCAAGGCGUAGAGGGAGGUGCCCAGAGCUUGGGCUUGGGCUGGACAAUAGGGGCCUUGGGACUGAAGCAGACAGCAAGCAGGGUGGACUACAUGUGCCCGCAUGCGUGCAAGGCUCCAUACGAGCCUCGAUGUCGACGGGUUGACCCACAGCAGGAAUGAGAAGGAGUCAAACACGGCCAAGGCGUGGCUAUCACGUCGAGUAGCGUCGUCACCAUUUAGGAUGACAAUGGUCUGAGCGGGGGAGACCGACGUUCGUAUAUGUUCCCCAUCGGAUAUGAUCUCCAACUGUUGGUUGAUCAAGCUUAUUAUUGAAGCACACAGCAUGUGUGCUAGAACGUUGAUACAAUCAUGACUUUAUGACAACACGGCCGAAUCGACCCAC